AGCGAAGACGUCGAGACUCAAGACCAAACUCGAGCCAGGGUUCCUGGCGCUGUUGAAGUGUCUUCCCCACUUUCCCCCAGCGCAUGUAAUUUAAAGUUGACAACUCUAGCUUGACAUUUGCCUUGAUCAUUCAGCUGGUCUAGGUACAGUACCGGCUUUUUUCCGAGGGUGUACAAACAAAUCAUGAUUUUGGAUGUGCGAGAGAUCUCUUUAUUUUUCAGCCAUUUCCUCGAAGGGGGCUCAACAUCUUUUCAAUUACACAACAAUAGAUACUCAAGAUGUCGUCUUCUUACGCUAUGAAGUCAAUGGGCUCGAAAGCCUUUAACCAUUCCUCUUCGAAUGAUGCUGAAGCUGAAUAUGACCGACUGCGCGACCUCGCUCACAAAGAAGCUGCGAAACGCUCUCAAUGUUUCGAUCAAUCGCGUCAAGCUUAUACAUCCGGCGACGGUGCCAGAGCUCACGAGUUGAGUGUCGAAGGGAAGAAACACGCGGCGCAAAUGGACGCAUACAAUAAACAAGCAUCAGACUACAUAUUUCGAGAGAACAAUGCCCAAGGCAGAGUCGGAGACGAUGAAAUCGAUUUGCAUGGACAGUAUGUUGAGGAAGCAGAGCGCAUUUUGGAGGAAAGAAUAAGAUAUGCUCGACAACAGGGACAAACUCAUUUACACGUUAUUGUCGGAAAGGGAAAUCAUAGCAAAGAUCAUGUUCAAAAGAUCAAGCCGAAAGUGGAAGAGAUUUGUAGGGAGUUGGGUUUGCAAUAUGCGACUGAAGAGAACGCGGGAAGGAUGUAUAUCAACCUGCAAGGCGGUGCUGCAGUUAUACCACCCAGCGGAGGAAGUCAUGGAGGACAGCAACAUCAUGGUGGCCAGCAACAUUCUGGACACCAACAACCCUCUUACCAACAACCCCAGCAAGGAUAUGAACAACCUCAACAGAGUGGGUAUCAACAAGGAGGAUACCAGCAAGGCGGUCAACAACAACAACAUCAGCAGCAGCAAGAACAGAACAACGACAACAACGACGAAUUGGAGAAAUUGGCAAAGAAAUUUCUCCCAAGAAUAUUACGAAAGGCAGAAAAAGCUUGUUGCGCGGUCAUGUAAAUAUUUGGGUUGCACAUGUUGGAUUUUUUAUUAUUUGGAUAUGUAUUUACUAGCGUGGAUUUAGCUUUCUUCCAAAUAUACCUUGGGUUUCAGAGGGAUUUAAUUUGAGGGUAUGAUAUGACUAGAUAUCAAUAGAGAUGGGGUUUUAAUGUUGAAUAUUUUAUAUAGAUAGAAGAUCACGAUUUCACGAUAGGUUGAAUGAAUGGAUGUUCCUAAUAUUGGUCUUGAUGUACUUAUCUCAAGUCGUUUACCCUGUAGAAGCAAGUUAACUUCUAUUGGUAGGGGAGGUAUGUUAUAGAGCCGAUUCAAGGACAUCUGCCAGUAUAUAAUUGAUGAAUAACAGGGCUUUCACUUUGAGAAAUUUGCCUGUAUGCAGAACUUCUAUAGAUGAACAUGACGCUCCGC